AUGGCAUCAUGCCAUGAUUCCCCUCCACUUUCUAUAUAUUGCAUUGUGACUGCUAUAUUACAUAUAUAUAUAUAUAUAUACCGAAAUGGAAGGCAAUUCUUCCCCUUUUAUAUACAUAUACGUGUUGGCAUACACGGUAGUUCCCGCACAAUUUAUUAUUAUUUUUAUUUUCUUUAUUAUUAUUAUUAUUUUUAUUUUGUUGUUAUUUUUAGUUUGCUUUUUCAAUUUGAUAAGGUGUUUGUUUGGGAGGGGAAAGGGGGAGAGAGAGAGGGAAGAGGAGGGAAGAGGAGGGGGAAGAAAAAAAUGUUUGGGUUGACUCGCUGGCUACGCGUGAAGGUUACCGUGGAACAAGUGGCGGCAGUGGUGCAGGCAAAACUCUCUGGGGCACAAUCGGUGCAAAACACACUUCUCAUUGACGUCCGCUCCACGGGUGAGGUGGCGGCCACGGGUGUCAUCCCCACAGCCGUCAACAUUCCACUGAAGUUAUUAGAAUUUGCCCUCGGUGAAGAAGUGGAGGCGGAGGAAUUUGAAAAAACAUUUGGCGUACAAAAGCCCCAGCCAGGCAUGACGCAAGUGAUAUUUUACUGUACCCACGGCGUCCGCUCCGCCAUUGCCACGGAAAUAGCAGGGAACUUGGGCUUCACCGAUGCAAAGAACUUUGCCGGUAGUUUUACCGAAUGGCAGAGACACCACGGUGAGCCUUGCGACAAUGGAGACGUUCCAUUAAAGUAA